GAGUAUAAAUAUCGGACAUUCGCACUUAUUUUUACGGAGUAGAUAGAGAGAGAGAGAGAAAUGCAGAUAUUCGUGAAAACCCUAACUGGGAAGACCAUAACUCUCGAGGUCGAGAGCAGUGACACCAUCGACAAUGUCAAGGCCAAGAUCCAAGACAAGGAAGGAAUCCCUCCGGAUCAGCAGCGCUUGAUCUUUGCCGGAAAGCAGCUCGAAGAUGGCCGAACCCUAGCCGACUAUAACAUUCAGAAAGAAUCGACGUUGCAUCUGGUGCUGAGGCUUCGUGGAGGGAUCAUAGAGCCUUCUUUGAUGGCUUUGGCCCGCAAAUACAAUCAAGACAAGACAAUUUGCCGCAAAUGUUAUGCUCGUCUGCACCCUAGGGCUGUAAACUGCCGGAAGAAGAAGUGUGGUCAUAGCAAUCAGUUGAGGCCAAAGAAGAAGAUUAAGUAAACUCUGCACCACAAUUGUGUUUAAGUGUUUCCGAUUAUAAUUUUAAGUUGAUAUUAGAACCAAGAUAUCCUGUAUGUGGUUUACAUCAUAAUGGAUUUUCUACUGUUAGUCAACCUUUAUGGAUGUGUUCCAAUUUUGAUAUCCAAAUAAAAUAUUGUGGUAGUUUUUUAGUUAUCA